AUGCCCAGUGCCCGGGUCGCGGCCCACCUGGACGUGCUGGGCCCCCUGAGCCCCUACGUGCCCCCGCCGCUGCUGCCCUCUAUGUUCUACGUGGGCCUCUUCUUCGUCAACGUGCUGAUCCUGUACUACGCCUUCCUCAUGGAGUACAUCGUCCUCAACGUGGGCCUCGUCUUCCUGCCCGAGGACAUGGACCAGGCGCUCGUGGACCUCGGCGUGCUCUCCGACCCGGGCUUGGGCCUCUACGAUGCCGACUCGGAGCUCGACGUCUUCGAUGGUUACUUGGAGUAG